GCGCUAAUGUUAAUAGAUAUGUAAAGUUUUUAACGACGAAAAAUGUCUUCGGCGUUAGUAAAAUGCUUUAAUUUAGCUAAAGCUGUAAAAACAGUGGCAUUUCGAAGCUUCUUAGGAACUUCUACGUCCACUAUACAGUCAUGGAGCCCGGCAGCUACUGUUGGAGCCCUCUCGACCAAAUGCGGCUUACACACGAGCUAUCCCAUGCGACAGGAAAAACUGCUUAUGGAAUUCUUUGAUGAUCCUAAACACUGGAGCGAGAACGAGGUAAAAGUAGGACGCGCUUGGAAGACUGAUGAACUACGCAUCAAGUCUAACAAGGAACUGCAUCAGCUGUGGUACAUACUGUUAAAAGAGCGCAACAUGCUGCUUACCAUGGAGCACGAGUGCAAUGAAAAAAUGGAAAUGUUUCCCAAUCCCGAGCGCAUUGAUAAGGUCAAAAUUUCCAUGGAGAAUCUGGAGACAGUAGUCCGUGAACGCAAUAAAGCUUUUCAUCUACUAGAGACAGGUGAAACGGGUGAGCGUCCACAGCGUCAGGUGAAGAAUGCCUUUGGUCUGCCUAUGGUAUACAGAUCAUGUGAACAUGCUUUGCCACCGUUUAUGAAUACAAAGUGGAUCAAAUCACGGCAUGUAAGCUGUGGCGGUCGUGCUGUGCAAAAAUUCCUGCUUAAAUAUCGUGAAAAGCUUUAUAAUGCGAAGCGCAAGGCCAAGAAUCGUUCACGCAAUGAGGUUAUGAUGAUUUUGCGACGCAAUCCCAACUUUGACUUGAAUUUGCUGCGCAACAGAUUUCCAGAUGUGGACAUUGACAAGCUGCGCCAGACGGAUAAAACUCGUGGACACUAUGUGCCCAAAGUGGAUGUUUAAUUUAUGUCAAUCUUGUUGAAA